UCCGCAUUUGAAAGUACACAGCGAAGUACUUUCUGCUGCAGUAGGACUGUUGAUCUGCGUAGUUGAGAAAUUGUAAUGGCGAGACUGCUAUUAAGAUACAACUUUAGGGGCUUCUUUGCCACCCAAUUCAGGAUGGUAUCCGAACAGCUGGGUGAGCUGGGCAAAGGAGCAGGAAAGGGAGGGGGUGGAGGAGGCUCGGUGAGGGAGGCAGGUGGUGCCUUUGGAAAGAAGCAGGCUGCAGAGGAGGAGCGUUAUUUUCGUCAGAAGGAGAAGGAGCAGUUGUCUGCCCUACGGAAGCACCAUGAAGAGGAGAUUGACCACAGCAAGAACGAGAUUGAGCGUUUGCAGCGUGAGAUUGACCGUCACAAGGGCAAAAUCAAGAAGCUGAAACAUGAUGACUGAGCUCAGUCUUCAGUCCCAGUCACACUGCUUACAUUAUGCCAAAUAUCACUCAUUGCCUGAUUUGGUGUCUGUAUGCAGUUGUAUAUGAAAAAAUAUAUAUGUAUGCACUCACUAAUAAUAAUAAUAAUAAGCCAUUUAGCAGACGCUUUUAUCCAAAGCG